CAUGGAUGCGGAAAUGGCCUUAAAACCCCAGAACGGGCAUUCCAUCGAACUGCAGUCAUGUUCCACGCCACUCAUGUUCCACACCACUCGUCCUCCUGCGGCUCGGAGAAGCUCCGGUGGUACGCGUCAGUCCCGUUGUGGUGGUUCGAAGAGUCUGUUUGAAGAGUAGCAGGAAGGUCCAUGUUGUCUUGUGGCCUGCAGCUGACUGCACAAUCAUCUGAAGAACAUUUUCCAAAAAUGCUGAAUCAUUACCAAAAAUCAGACAUACAGUGAUUUUGUGAUGUUAUUCACCUGGGCAGUCCAGCACAUCAGCCCUAAAGCCACCAGUAUGGUCAGCACAAAGCCCAACCACAAGCCUGCAGUGCUUGCUUUGCGCAUGCGUCAUCCGUCGAGCUGCACAGACAAGGCAACGUUUUUAAAGUGUCUCUUCUUGUCACAAGAAGAAGAGACUUCCGGGAUGGUGACAGGAGUCAUUUUGUUUGGACUCUUCACAACCUGCGUGUGUGCGUCCGGGGUUGCUGACGUGGUCCUGUCCUGCGAGUUCAUUGAGGACUCAGUCAGAGGGCAAGGGGAUUCUGGCUUCGCCAGAUCGCCGGCUACCCUCAUCUUGCGAGACGUCUCCGUUGCGUCCAAUGAUGAGUCACUGGCAGCGCUCACACCAUUUGUUCCACCGUUCGAGCCGGAUCCAUCCAACCUUCUGUUCGAGUCCAAAGCGCCAGCCUGGGAAAUUCCCAACGCAGAGUUGUUGCUCCACGCCGACUGCAACGAGCAGGAGGUGAUGUGCGAAAUAACCGCUUAUAACCCCCGCGGUUUAAAGGCAGAGUUAGGAACGAGCUAUUUCAUGGUGUCCAUCGAUGUGAAAGGUGUGGACUUCAGCGCUAUGUUGAUCCUCCACACCUUGCCUGUGGUAGCGGACCAGAUGACUGUAAUGCAAACCGCACUGGGCCUGCCUAUGACCCAUGCUGGAACGCUGCUAACUGAGUUGUCCUUUCUGGUGUUUUCCACUGCUAAGGCUCCAUCUGGCCCUCUGAAAGCCGAUUGCCUCCUCAGCUGUGGUUUCAGGUAUUUAGAGGCAUCGCCUGACCAGGAAGUGCACAUUGAAUGGCGACAGCAGUAUCGGGGAAAAGGCCAGAAAAUCUACACGAUGAAAACAAAGCUCAACGAUUCAGAAGGGAGCACGGAGGUGCAUAAUGACAGGGGGGAAUCGAGCAUGGAUGCUGCCCGGGUUGUUGGUCAAGGAGACACGUCUUUGACCUUGAACAAUUUAAAGGUGACGGAUGUGGGCGCCUUCAUCUGCUCUGUGUUUUUAGGUCCUUUCCACGCCCAGCAAGUGGUCAAUCUCGAGAUAUUUGAACCUCCCGUUGUUUCACUCUCAGAGACGAAGCUGGUUUUAAAGGGGGACGCCGCCCAGACUAUAAAGUGCCAUUGCAGUAACUACUUCCCUCUGGAUGCUCAGGUGGAGUGGUUGUCACGCUCGCCGACAGACAAGGAGCCCACCCUCUUCCCCAACCAGGGCUCGCUGUCCAGCCACCGGAAGCACGGCAACGGCACGUACACCCUCUCGUCCCGCCUCAGCGUGCCCGCCAGCGUCGCCCACGGAACAGAAAUCAUCUGCAAGGUGUCACACCAAGCUCUGGAUGCUCCUCUCAUUGUUAGUCUACUCGUAGAACACCAAGAACCAGCUGACUACUGGUGGGUGCUGUGCUUCCUGUUUGUCACUGUGCUCUUCUUCUACCAGCUCCUCAAAUAGGUAGAUCACAGGUCACUGUUUGACUUCAUUACUAUUUACUUUAAUUCAACUCAGACUCUGGUUGAUUUUGCACUAUUGUUUGGGUUUAAAUAAGUCACUGAAUUAUUUUGUUGUAUUAAUUAUGUUGUGUUUAUAGCAAUGGUUUAGUUUAUUUUGAACAUGCUUAAAGGGGCUGUUUGCAACUUUAUUAAAGUUUAAAAAAAUUUAAAACGAAAAAAAAAAGACAACACCAUUGGCUAGCUUAUGUUGCCAUUAGUGCAGGGGUCUUCAACAUUUUCCAGGCCAAUGACUCCUAAACUGAAGUAAAGAUGGAACGAGCACCCUUACACAGAGUGGUGUAUAAAGAGAGUUUGGCCAACUCGGUUUCAGGCGAUCUCCUCAAUGAUUGGUCGAAAGGUUACUGCUAUUAACUUUGAGCUGAUGCUAUGCGUUUGCUGCGCUUCCUGGUUACUUUUCCCACAUGUAUAAACAGCAAGGGGCUGCUCCACCCACGAGAAUUGUGGCAAGCUUUUACAUCGCUUUCCCAACAACUCGGAAAGAAGACAAGUGAAGGUAGGCCAUAAACACUGGAGAGCGUCUUGAGCAGAGGUGGGUAGAGUAGCCAGAAAUUGUACUCAAGUAAGAGUACUGUUACUUUAGUUUAGUUUAUUAAGGAUCCCCAUUAGUCUACACCGCAGUGGAGACUAUUCUUCCUGGGGUCCAGACAAAAAAUAUCACACAAUCACAAAACAAAAUAUUAAAAUGCAGUACAACAUGAUCAAAUAAUAAAAUGUUGUAAUACAAAAAUAGCAACAACAAAGAACCAAAAAAAGUAAUAAUAACUUCGAGUUUAUAUAAUAAUGUUCAUACCAAAGAUAAGAAGAGCAAUAUAAAAAUAUAUAUAUAUAUUUUUGCAAAAAUAAAACAAAGAACCAAUGGUCUAAAAUAUACACAUUAGUGUACCAAAGACAAACAAUAAGUGACGAAAAAGUACCAUCCAUCCAUUUUCUACUGCUUGUCCCACAAUCAAUAAGAUAGUCAAUAGUCAAUAAAAACAGUCAUGACAUUAGGUACAAUCUAGAAUAAUCUCUUUGCACGCUUUAGAGAUUUAUUACUCAAGUAAAAGUAAGGAGUAGUCACCCAAAUAUUUACUUGAGUAAAAGUAAAAAGUAUGUUGUGAAAAAACUACUCAAGUACUGAGUAACUGAUGAGUAACCUGUUCGUUUAAUAAUGACGGCAACAAAUAAUGCACAAAAACAUAAAAAUAGCAAUGAGCAAAUUCAGAGCCAGGAAUAUCUCUUAAGCAACUAAAACAAUAAUAUAUAUUAAAUAAUAAUACAUUCACAUAAAAAAAAUUAAGGCAAAUUGAGCCACAAUAACUUAACAGCACCAUAGGCUCAGUAGGCAGAUAUUACAAAGGAAAAUAACAAGUUAGCCUUUACGCAAACCAUAAUCUGAUAGGUGUGGGCUGCACCUGGGAACACACUGAUUGGUGUUUCUAUGCAUGCGUGUGUGUGUGUGUGUGUCUAUGAGGCUGCAGUGCGUUAAUAAAUGUCCCCAUACAAUGUACAUUUGACAGUGAUUCAUAGCAGGGAAGCUAACAUCAGCCUACGGUGACAGCCAAAAUAUCUACUAACAUUACUUACCGCGAUGUGCUUCCUCAAAUUUGACGUUGAGUUCAUGUAAGCUUAAGCUUGUUGUUGUUUGCCGCUGAAACUUUAUGUGCAGUUAACCAUGUGACCUAGUCUAGUCUAUAAAAUCCGCUACACCUCCCUGAUACCGAAGUACAUGUCAAACUACUUCCUUAACGUAAAUGACCGCCAUAACCACAACACCAGGGGGUGCUCCACUAACCACGUUAAACCCAGAUUCCGAACUAACAAAGGUCUUAACUCAUUCUCUUUCUAUGCCACAUCAAUGUGGAAUGCGCUCCCAACAGGUAUAAAAGAAAGGGCAUCUCUAUCCUCCUUCAAAACCGCAAUAAAAGUUCACCUCCAGGCAGCUACAACCCUAAACUAACACCCUCCCCGGAUUGCUAAUAAUCAAAUGUAAACAAUCAAAUGCAGAUACUUUUUCUUUUUCUUAUGCCUUCUGAUCUCUCUCUCUCUCUCUCUCUCUCUCUCUCUCUCUCUCUCUCUCUCUCUCUCUCUCUGUCCACUACUUGAUGUCCAUACCCCCCCCCCCCCCCUGAUUGUAAAUAAUGUAAAUAAUUCAAUGUGAUUAUCUUGUGUGAUGACUGUAUUAUGAUGAUAGUAUAUAUGAUAGUAUAUAUCUGUAUCAUGAAUCAAUUUAAGUGGACCCCGACUUAAACAAGUUGAAAAACUUAUUCGGGUGUUACCAUUUAGUGGUCAAUUGUACGGAAUAUGUACUUCACUGUGCAACCUACUAAUAAAAGUCUCAAUCAAUCAAUCAAACCGCCUGGCUCUGUUUGAUUGGUGAAACAGAGUCAAACGUCACCAGUGACUGCAUUUGAUUGGUGAAACGAAGGCAUGCGAUAGAUCCCACUUGAAGGUCUGUCUGACAAACCAAAACAAACAAAGCGUGCAUUAACAGAUCGAUAAAAAUCAGUAGCGAGUAGCGAGCUGAAUGUAGAUAAAUGGAGCGGAGUAAAAGUAGCGUUUCUUAUCUAUAAAUAUACUCAAGUAAAAGUAUGUUGCAUUAAAACUACUCUUAGAAGUACAAUUUAUCCCAAAAGUUACUCAAGUAGAUGUAACGGAGUAAAUGUAGCACGUUACUACCCACCUCUGGUCUUGUGCGAGGUAAACACAGGAGCGAACACACACAGGCUAAUACAAAUAAUAAACAGAAGAAAUGAACACAUUAAAAACAUAGUUUGACAAAAACAGACCAUCUUUGAAUCUCAGUAAAAGUUAAAUAAUGCAAUUCGGUAGCAGCAGGAGAGAAAGCCAAACACAAAUACAAACAGACGGACAUUGAAAGAGGGUGUAAUAAUUGAUGAGAAAAUGGACUGGAAAUCUCAUUAAAAAAUACACAACAUAAAGUGUAGACAAAUAUGUCAAUAAUGCAGGGGUCACCAACCUUUUUGAAACCAAGAGCUACUUCUUGGGUACUGAUUAAUGCGAAGGGCUACCAGUUUGAUACACACUUAAAUAAAUUGCCAGAAAUAGCCAAUUUGCUCAAUUUACCUUUAACUCUAUGUUAUUAUUAAUAAUUAAUGAUAUUUAUCUUUGUGGAAACACUGAUCAUCUUAAUGAUUUCUCACAAUAAAUAUAUAUAGAAACAGAUAAAUAUCAAUAUGCAACCCUUUAUUUUUAUAUUUUCUCUAAGUGCACAUUUUUCAAAUUGAACAUUUUCAAAUGAUCACUUCUAAGACAGUCUUGUGAAAUCACAAUAUCCCAUUUUAACUAGCUAGCCACUAACAUUUUUUAACAAAUCAUGAAUUACUUUGCACCAUGUUUGUACAAAUAAUAACUCAUGUAAAAUACAAAAGUCAACUCUCAAAUUUGUAAAUAAUUCAUGUCACACUUUGAACUGGACACCAAAUCUGUUAUCUGUUUCUUUGUCAGUUAGUGAAGACCAAGUCUUUAAAAUAUUUUCUUGGAUUUUCAAAUUCUAUUUGAGUUUUGUCUCUCUUAGAAGUAAAAAUGUCGAGCAAAGCGAGACCAGAU